AUGUUGGAUAUAGAUCAUUAUCUUGAUUUUGGAUUCCCAUUGGACCAAGUCAAGUUUGUAUUGUGUAUGUUGUUUUCAUAUCCGAUGGCGAUGGUGUUGCGUUCACUACCGAAUGCCUCUACGAAACAUAUGAUGUCGAUCGCUCUCGGUAUCUUUUAUUGUCAUUUUUCGUUGGGUGCAUUCAGUUGGAUUCAUUCAUUCGCCAGUUCGCUGGUCUGCUAUAUAAUGGUGAGUGUACUGCCACGUCGUGUCUCGCACAUCUGGGUGUUCGUAUUCGCUAUGGCAUACCUCUCGAUUUCACAUUGGUACCGUAUGUACACCGACUACAUGGGUUGGACAAUGGACUUUACAUCGCCACAGAUGGUGUUGACUUUGAAGUUGACAUCGUUCGCCUGGAAUCUCUACGACGGAUCGCGUCCUGCCACCGAACUCACCUCUGACCAACAGAGACGUUCCAUCAAGAAGGUACCAUCGCUUCUCGAGUUCUUUGGAUUCAUCUAUUUCUUCCCAACAUUCUUGGCUGGUCCAACCAUUGAAAUCGGUGAUUAUCUUCGUUAUACCUCUGGUUUAAUGUUUAAAGAUGGUAAAUCAAAUGGUAUUAUGCCAAGUCCAAACUUUGCAUCACUUCGUACAUUUGUUUAUGGUAUUCUUUGUUUCCCAUUGAUUAUUAUCGGUGGUACUCUCAAUAUGGAUUAUCUCUUAACAUCUUCAUUCGCAAAUGAACCAUUGUUAUGGCAAGCUCAUCUUCAUGUUAUGUUGACAAGAUUCAAGUAUUACUUUGGAUGGUAUAUGUCUGAGGGUAGUGCUGUGUUGUCCGGUAUCAGUUUCAAUGGAUACGAUAGCAAUGGCAAUGCCAAGUGGGAUCGUUUGACCAAUGUCUAUCCAAUCAAGGUGGAGUUGGCGUCGAACGUUCGUGAUGUCUCGACCUACUGGAAUAUGGGUACUGCCGACUGGCUCAAGACCUACGUCUAUCUCCGUUUGACACCGGUCGGAACCAAGCCAACUUUCGGUGCCACCCUCGCCACCUAUGCCACCAGUGCUUUCUGGCAUGGAUUCUACCCGGGCUACUACAUCUUCUUCAUUUCGACAACCUUCUUGACCGAGGUUGCCAAGGAUAUCCGUCGUAAGAUCCGUCCAUUCUUUGUGAGCGGAGCCGAAGAGAAGCCAAUUCAGCCAUGGAAGAAGCUCUACGAUAUCGUCGGUGUCAUGGUUACCGCCUGGUGGUUGAACUUCUUGGGUGCCAGUUUCCUCCUCUUGAGUUUGGAGAGAACCCUCGUAUUCUGGGGUGUAUUCAGAUUUAUUCCAUUAAUUAUGUUGGUCGGUGCAUUCAUUUUAUUGCGUUUCUUUGUGCCUGCACCAAAAGUUUCCAGAACUCCAAGAUCAGCAUAA